AUGGCAAGAGUUAGAGAAGAAAAACGCUCGAGUAGUGAAAAAUUCAGUUCAAUAGAAACAAGAAGCGCACGCUCGGAUUUACGUUCUUCGGGCAUUUCCUCCUCCUCUGGAAUCGGUGAGAUCGGCCACAUAUUCAUAUUUUGCGACAGCCAGGCAGGUCCUUUCCACCAUAGUUCACAGUGGGAUAGAUCCUCUGGAUUGACUCCUCUAGAUAUGACAUCAGCUGGAUUGUCCUGUCUCUUUUGGAAACUUCUGUGUGUUGGACAAAUUCAGCUGCAUGACGGUCAACCAAUCAUUCAGAAGACCAUGCUAGGUUGGAUUAUCACGAGGCCAAUGAAACUUCCGGCUUCAAAACUCAGGCCGAGAUUGUCGUGCAAUCUUAUCACCAACCAACAACUGCAUGAUCGGGUUGCACGUUUUUGGGAAAUUGAACACGUCACAACGAAACUUCCACAUUCAGAACUAGACCCAAGGGACGUCUGCGAACAACAAUUCACAGCAACAACGAGGCGUGACACGGAAGGGAGAUUUAUCGUCUCUCUCCCUCUCAAAAACGAGGUCAAUGAACUUGGUUACUCUCUAAGGAUGACGAAAAAACGUCUAUUCGCUAUGGAACGCAAGAGGGAGAAACAUCCUGAAGUGAAUGAAAAAUACAUUGACUUCGUGAAGGAUUAUGAAGAAAAAAAACACAUGACUCAAAUUGCUCAGAACGAAAUCAGUACUGUGAAAGCAGUAAAUUAUCUACCGCACCAUGCCGUAUUCCAGGAAGGCAGCACAACAACGAAGUUACGGGUUGUAUUCGAUGGCUCUGCAAAAACUUCUUCCGGCCUUUCAUUCAAUGACGUACAGCGAGUCGGUCCUGUAGUACAAAACGAUCUCUUAUCAAUCACGUUGCGAUUUCGUCAGUACUCGGUUGUACUGUCAGCAGACAUCGCUCAAAUGUAUCGACAGAUUAGGGUUGCUGACAAUCAGCAGGAUCUACAGAUAGUUUUGUGGAGAACGGACUCUACAAAACCUAUUCAGCACUUUCGUCUCAGUACAGUGACCUACGGUACCGCUUCCGCUCCCUUUCUAGCUACAAGAGCUCUCAGACAAAUUGGCGAAGAGAAUAAGGAAAAUUAUCCCACCGCCAGUCAGGUCAUUAUACGAGACUUCUACGUGGACGACCUACUCACCGGGACAGACACUGUGGAGGAGGCAAAGGAACUCAAAGGGGAACUUACUCAACUUCCUUCUGACGCAGGAAUGGACUUGAGAAAAUGGGCUUCGAAUGAUCCAUCGGUACUCAAUGACUCGAAUUAUUCAACGACUGAAAAAACGAUUCAGACUGAAAAGGAUCCCAAAACUCUUGGACUAUUAUGGGACCCACGGUCAGACACCUUGAAAUACUCGCUCAAAGAAGCUCCAUAUGCAAAGAUCACGAAACGAACAAUCUUAUCAAGAAUUGCGCAAAUUUUUGACCCACUAGGACUAGUUGGACCAGCUGUGAUUAAGGCAAAAAUCCUCCUUCAACAGUUGUGGCAACUACAAAUUGACUGGGACGAAUCUCUGCCACAGAACUUGCACUCUGAGUGGAAGGAUUUCAGCACUCACCUCAUGGCACUCAACAAGAUUUCCGUAGAACGACGAGUUAUCAACGAUCGGCCAGACUUUGUGCAACUUCAUGGUUUCAGCGACGCUUCAGAACGUGCGUACGGCGCAUGCAUUUAUCUGAGAUCGGCAGAUCGUUUCGGCAAUCGCGAUGGCCAUGAACCUACUCCUAAAUUUUUGUCGUGGUCAAAAAAAGACCUUUUGAAUCUGGUUAACGCGGUUUUAAUCGGCGUUCGCUUAGCCUUCAACGCAUCGAGUUCUGCCAUUUUACGUAAAAGUUUCUUGUCUGAACUCAGUAAGGAAUUAGAUAAGGAAUAG